UAUCUUGACUUGCGUUCUAAACUCAGAAGUCCAAGAUGGCGUCUGUGGGCAAGAGUUUGUUGCUGUUUCUCUGUCUCGUAUCUUCCAUUGUCUUUGUUACUCCAGAUGAUAUUCCAGACGACUGGCCUCCCAAAGACGAGAAGUUCAAGUACGAGGCCGAAGGGCUGUAUGCCGAGGAUUUUGACCUUGAAAUUGGCAAGGGACUAAAGACGUUCGAAAGGAAUCUGGAUGAUGUUUUCACAUGCAGACUCUCUUAUGAGAUUCCAAAAGGAGAAACAGAGGAAUGGCGGGUUACAAUGUCUCAGAGCCCGGAUUUAACAGCCUAUUCCUGCAUCAUUGAGAGGCCAGGCCCCACCAAUUCUGAGCUCAACUUCAAGCAGUUCAAAAUGUCCCUGAUAGGAGUCAAUGAAAUCAACUAUGGGGAGGCAUAUGGUGAGCCUUCUGUGUCACUACCGGCAGAGGAGUACAUGGUAGACAAACGCAAAAUGGAAGUUACAUCUUUACCAGGACAGUUCAAAGGUCAUGUGAGCAGAUUGUUUGCUGUGGCACUUAUGCACCAUCCACAUGAGGAACUUUAGUGCAUCAUGAACAACUAUCUGCACCCAAUUCUUCAGUUUCAUCUAGGCGAGGCAAAUUCAAGGGUAACCUGAGUCGUCUGGCAGCACUAGGCAUACCCCAUCAACCCCAUACAGAACUGUGAUGAGACAGUAUUGUACUCUUCAUCCCCUGAUUUCUAAGGAAACUAUCUUGUUGAAUAGUUUUUUGUAGUACAACUAGCUGUAGUAGAGGUAGUAUUUGUAACAGCAUAUUGUGAGAUGUGCGGCAGCUUUUGCAAUUGUAUGGGUGCCAUCCUGUUGAAUCAUGCUACCUCACAACCAGUAACUUCAUCAGCUUUACAAAUCUGAGUCUUACUAUACAUCUUUGUUCUAGUCCUGCAGUGAUCCAAGUGAGACAAUGUUAAAAGAUGCUUAAUUUCCUAGACAUGCUGUCCUUGGCACAACAGAUCUGACUUUGAAACAUGACACCUUAUUCUUUGACACAAGAGUCUGAAUUUCAAACAUAACACCUUCUUGCACUUAAACUUGCCACAAAAACAAAGACUGCGUUUUGUUGAGCAAUGUGUGCCUUCUUAUUUGUUAGUGUUGACCAUGAUGGUGCUUGAUGUUGAUGAUAAUGACAUACUAAGUACAUGUAUGCUGAAAACCAUUUGAAUGUUGGAGCUGAGUAACAAGUUAGUCAGACUGUAUGGCGUUUUUUUUUCUUACUUACCCAAAGACGACUACAGGUGCUAUUUUUCUUAUUUAACCCAAAGACUCCUACAAAAAUACUUUGUAGUUGAUUUCAGAGAUGUAAUGUAGACGGUGAACCAGGCAGAAGCUUUACCUACAUUCUAUGUGUGUUCUUGUACAUUUACAGAUCUAUGCUACCUAGAUGUCUGCCACAAUCAUGUUACAUUCAGAAAAUAAAAAUUCUUGGUAAGAAUAAUUCUUGACAAAUGAUGUUCAGAUUUGACAUAAAAGCAUUAAUGCAUAUUUUUCUACAUAUUUAUACUGCAGUAUCAAAAUGAUUUAUCAGAUUUCCAGUAAGAGAUUCAAAUAGUACAGUGUACAUCUAGCCUUCCCCAGACAGCAUGGUCAUACAGUAAAGCCUUCAGAAUAUGAUAAGGAUACAGACUUUUCAUGUCAAGAAAGCCACGUGGUAGUUGACCACAGCAAUAAUGAUUAGUAAUAGAUUUUAUAUUUGCAUCUAGUAGAAGUAUUGUUGUGCACUUCUCCAUUCUUUUUCAAUGCCUUUUUGAAAUAAAAUUAUCUGCACUUCUUUCUCA